CUGAGGGCAGCUGGGCUGCGGCCCAGGGUGUGUGGGAAGGUUAAAGGAUGAGCUGCUGUGGCUGAGGGCAAGUCCGCAGCCGGCGAGUGUGGGGACUGAGCUGGUGGAGAGCCCUGAGCUGGAGACGGGCUGCUGGGCUCGAUAAACUGCUUGUCCUGGCUUGCCCAACCUGAUGAGUAAUGGCUUUAUCGUUGUGCAAGGUGCAGGGCUUGUGAGGUCCUGAUCCUGCAGCUGGAGUCUUGCCCGUAAAGGUCCAUCAAGAUGUUACAGGUACCACUGCCCCUGGAUCGAGAUGGGAUCUUAUUCCGGCUCCGUUUUACCACGCUGGCCCUUGGGACUGUGUUUUGCCCACUCUUCGGUUUCCUUUUCUGUGUGAUCUGGUCCCUGCUGUUCCAUUUCCAGGAGACGACGGCGACCCACUGCGGGGUCCCCAACUACCUCCCCUCCAUCAGUGCCGCUAUCGGAGGCGAGACCCCCCAGCGUUACGUCUGGCGCCUCUGCAUCGGCCUCCACUCGGCUCCCCGCUUCCUGGUGGCAAUCGCCUACUGGAACCACUACCAGAGCUGUCACUGCUCGCACCCUCGCUACCUGCGCUUGUGCCACUUCAACCUGCUGCUCAACCUGCUCGAAAACUUCGCCCUUCUUAUUCUGACGUACGUGUCCUCAUCUGAAAACUAUGCAAUCCAUGAAAAUGCCUUCAUCGUCUUUAUCACGUCGGCUCUGGGCCACAUGCUCCUGACGUGCAUCCUCUGGAGAAUGACUAAGAAACACACAGUAAGUCCCGAGGAGCGCAAGUCGUACAAGUGGAAGCAGCUGCUGUUCUUCUUCACCUUCAUCACGUUCGCGUUUGCCGUGUGUGUCUACUUCCACCACAACUGGUACUGCGGCCCCGGAGUGUACACCAUCUUCGCUUUCUUGGAGUACCUGGUCGUCCUCUCCAACAUGGCCUUCCACAUGACUGCCUUCUGGGACUUCGGCAACAAGGAGCUGGUGGUGAGCUCGCUGCUGGAGGACAAGCACUUCUAGCCCGCCUUGUGCCGCAGCAUUCCACGUGCUGUCCUGGGGUCCCGGGCCCCGCACGUGUCUGUGCGUGGUGUCUGGCUGCGCCUGGAGCUCUCUUACAGGGUGCUGGGGGCUCUUGCUGGGGACCCUGGAGGCCAGUACCCCCUGCCCUGGCUCUCCGCCGGCUACCAGGAUGGGCAGGAGGACGGGGAGGGGGGCAGGUACCUGCUGCCUCUUUCUUUGGAGGAUGCUCCGGGCAGAGCAGAAUUCUGCUCCCAGCACUGGGGCACGGGGGGGACCAGCCUUGCCCUGCCCCUGCUUUGCCUGGGGGGUCUCACAGUUCCUCCUGCAGACUGGGGGUCCUCGGUCAAGGUCCUCAGGAAGGGCUGGUGGCCUUUCAGGCCUCAGGAGAAGGAGCACUUGCUGCCCCUGCGUGUCUCUGGUUGCACCCCCAAAGCAGAGCAGCCCGCAGCCUUGACUCCUUGGGAAGCCUUUGCUGUGGGGCAGGGGCCGGGGCAGAGCCAGGCCCACCCUGCGGCGCUGGGGCUGGGGCCAGGCUCCUCCUGAGCCCAGGCUGAGCACGGGAGCUGCGGCCGGGGGCUGGCCCUGGGCACUGCUCUCCUGUCUGGGGCUGGGGCAGGGUCCCGGCCCGUCCGUGCCUGUGCUGCCGGGAGGGGAGCGUCUUCGAAGGUGCCGGCCCGUGCACAGACCACACAGGAGCAAGGCAGGAGAGCAGGGGUGCAUGGGGCAUGGCAGAUGCCAAGAGCGUCCACUCUCCUGCUCUGCCUUUCCCAGAAGCCCCUCCAGCAAGCGAAGGUGCUCACAGGGGUGCUGCGCCCCAGUUCCAGCCCAGUUUGCGGGGGAAGGACCAGGGGGCUGGUGCUGGAGGUCCCUGCUCUGAUGUCCCCAUGGCUUCCCCUGUGCCAUCGGGCUUGAGCUGGGAACUGCUGGGGUUCAGUGCUGCUGCUGUCGCCUUGGGAGGAGGGUGCUGGUGGUGACCCCCAUCUAUAGGCUCUGGCUGCCGGGGUGCAGGGGCUGGCAUGGCAGCAGUGUGGGGGGCUGCCUGGGGUGCGGGGGCUGGCAUGGCAGCAGUGCCAUCAGGGUGGGAGCUGGGUGCUGGCAGCGUCUCCAGGCUCCUCCGCUCCUCCCGGUGCACAGCGCUGGUGGGAGGGGGCUGCUGCUGCUGUUGCUGCUCUGGCAUGGAGGGGCCAUGGCCCUGGAGGGCUCAGCCACAUCCUGCACUGGGAGGCACUGGGGAGCCGGUGCUGUGCUCGGAGAGGUCGCACAGGGCUCGCUCCUGGGGGCUCUCUGGGCAGGGGUUGCAGGCAGCGGGAGAGGGCUGAGCCUGUCAGCACCAGGAGCUCUCUUGAAUUUGGGGAGCUCAGUGCUUGCCCGGGCUCACGGGCCACGCUCGGCUGUGAAGGACCAACAUGGGUCCCUGCAACUGCCCUUCACGUGAACGCAGCCACCACCAGCGGUCCCCUGGGACGUCCCAGCCUCGUCCCUGCACUGCCGGGGCUUGGGCAGAGCCUCCUCCAGCGGGAGCUGCGGCGCCCUGGCCGGUGGCCCUGGCUGAGCCGGGGCCGGGCUGGCCUUGGAGCGGGUCCAUCCGUGUGCGUGUCCAUCUGUGAGUGUCCCCACCACGCCGCGCCGGGCUCCAUCCAUCCCCCCUGCCUGCAUGUGUGUGGUGUGCUGCGCCCCGGCAGCGUCUGCGCCUUGGUUUGAGGUUGAAAUAAAGCACUGAGUAUUUUUGUGA